AUGACCAAUAACCACCAUAAUCAAAAUAAAAUCAUCCACCCCCACCACCACAGCCACCACCACCACCUCCUUCCGUCGUCAUCCACCACCACCAAUCGUUCCAACUCUUCCACCAUCACCACCACCACCCGUUCCCCCUCCUCCACCAUCACCACCGCCACCCGUUCCAACUCCACCACCCAAGCGUGCGCCGCGUGCCGCUACCAACGCCGCAAGUGCGCGCCCGACUGCAUUUUGGCGCCGUACUUUCCGCACGAUCGCCAACGCCAGUUUCAAAACGCGCACAAGUUGUUCGGCGUGAGCAGCAUUACGAAGAUCAUUCGUGAUCUCGACCCGCAACAGAAGGACGAGGCGAUGCGGACGAUUAUUUACCAGUCUGAUGUUCGGGCUCAGGAUCCGGUGGGUGGAUGCUACCGGAUCAUCCGGGAGCUCCAGCGUCAGAUUGAAUUCUCAUGCGCCGAGCUCGAGAUCGUCUUGCAUCAGCUCGCAAUUUGUCGAGCUCACGCGGCGCAGAACCAGAACCAGAACCAGACCCACCACCAUCACGAUCAGAUCUUGAUCGAUGGUGUUGAUUGCGAUAUUCAUCUCGUUAGCAAUCCCGACGACCCGCAUUUGUACGAUGAUCCUUCGACGGUUUUAGAUACCGAUAACGCCAAUCAUCAGCAUCAUGCGGGUCUGGAUCUCGAUCUCGGUCACAUACCGCAGCAACAAGAACACGAAGAUCAUCUCGUGCACGGUCAUGAUCACGAUCACGAGCAGUAUAUUCUCGGACAACAGAAUUUGAACGAUCACGAUGAUGGUUGCGAAGACGAUCACGUGGUUCCGCUUCAAGAAAUAAACUCGUGGGCGGCCAUGAAUAACUCGCCACCGUCUUCCGCCGUGUGCCUGGAGGUGAAGCCGCCGCCGUUGCACGCUUCCGUAGAUGAAUGCGAGGAUUUCAAACCGCUCCUGAUUAGCGACAUUCCAGCCGGAGAACGACACGAAUUCAAGUUUGAAUUCGAUGAAAUAAACGAACCCAGUGAAGAGACUCUAUUUAGUGAAGGAAAUCACAAAGCUUUGCCUAAAGAGGAGAAUGUUUCAUUCUUCACAAAAGAAGAAACAGUAACCUACCAACAAACCAAUGAAGAUCAUGAUCUCAAAGGUGCUGCCACUUUGUUUACCCUCACAAACUGUAGCAGCUACUAACCAACAAUCAAAGAAGUUCUAAAUUCUGUUUUUUGAGAACCAAGUUCUUGCUUCUUGUCAUUAGAAUCUAUAGAUACAGAUUCUUGCAUAUCUAUAUUCAAUCUAUAGAGAUUGGGGAAGUUGGUCUACAUCUUUUUCUUCUCUACUUUCUUCCCAUAUUCACAUGUGAAUAUCUUGAGGGAAAAAAAAGAAGCGGAUUUGCGAAUGGAACGAACCGCUAAAAGGGUAUUGAAAGCAAAGCAAAAGAAAUAACAUAUCAGCAAGAAAGACGAUUCUGAUAAGUGAUAACCCGUUAAAAGAGUCGGGUUUGAAGUUUUUGUUAAUAAGAAAAAUGAGAAGAAUUCAUCGGAGAGAUGGAUUUCGGAGGGUAGAUGAAGAUUUUGGAUUUGGUUUUGGUUUAUAGGUUGUUUUCUUUCAAGUUUAUUGCAAGUUGAGGUAUUUUUCUUGCCUCUUUUCCCUUUGUAAUCUUGGUCUUUAAGGUUUAAAUUCAAUUUCAGAUACAAUUUAUUUUGUCAAAUUAACAGACUAAGACCUUGUUUACUAAACGAUUAUCUGAUGUCAUUUAUAUUACAGAAUGAGUUCACAUGUCAGAGAAUCUUACCCAAUAAAUGAGGGAGAACUCUUAACUGGUAAACGCUUACUAGAUAAAAGAUGUUUACCAACAAUGUUAUCCGAUAAAGCAAGUAUAUGUGGUAGCUCUUGUCGGUAAGCGUUUUUAAA